GCUGCGCAGCGUCUACGGGCGCUCCUUCCCGCAUUGCUGGCGAUGCUUCGAGGCGAGCCGCCUACAUGGCUGGAGAGGCUGCGGCGCAACGUCGCCCUCCACGCUGACGCUUCGGGCAUCGACGUGGCGGCGGCGGACGCUGCCUUGCUUCGCCAGGCCCAGGGCGGGCCCCGCCUCGAAGUGCGACGGGACGACGUGGGCCGUGGCGCUGCCAGCUUCUCCGCGGACGCCGCGGUGUUCGUGCCUCACGGCGUGGGCGACAUGGGCGGCGGCGGCGAGGAGCUCGAGUACCAGUUCGACGCAGGCUCGGCCACGGUCCCGUCGGUCUGGCCUGGGCUCUGGGAGGUCUGCGAGUCCCUACCGUUGGUGCACGAUGCCUUCUCGGACUAUGUGGAGAAAGCCUUGUCCUCGACGCUGGAGGAGGCUGGCAGCACGGGAUCCGCCUCCGUGUGCGUGCUCGGGGUUGCGCCUGGUGCUUGGGAGCCUUUGGAGGGCUCCCUCGUGGGCGUGGGCGAUGCGGAGUCCGUCAUAGCAGAUGUCGUGGACGAGGUGACGCACCUAUCCGACGAGCAGUUUCCCGUGCCAGAGUCGCAGGGCUUCAAGUUCGCCGCCUCGCCGUGCUCGGUAUUCUGUGGUCUGGGCGAGGAGUCGACUGGAGCAGCUGUGCUCCUCAACGAUCAAGCCGCCAGAUCCAAACUCAGAGUGCCACCAACAGUGAUCAUCAUCGAAGUGACCUUGCUCGAGGUCUGCCUGUCGGAUGGUGGCUUCAGAUAUGGAGCGUCCUUCGUGCUGUACGUGUCUUUCGGCUUCUUCCUCGUGGUUUUCGUGGUGCUCGAGGGCGUGCCGCAC